CUCUACUCAUUUUAACACACAUUUUUCACAUCAAAAUCUCCUCUGUUACACAAUUCUUCAUCUUUUUGCUUCAUUCAUGGCCGGAGGAAAGAAGACAAAGGUUUCGAAGAAGAAGGCCGCCGCUGAGGCUACGAGCUCUGCGCCUCAACCCUUUCCAUACCUGGACGGAUCCUUCUUGGAAUUCGGGUCAGAGGAGGAAUUCAACCGGUUCCUCACGCACUUUGCCAAGCGUCCCAUUUCUCCGCCUAGGGUGCUGCCCGAGUUGUACCCUCAACAAAAGGGGUACCACGACCUCGACAACCAGCUUCAAGCAUCGGGUCUGUGGUCGUUCGUCUCCAGGAGCCGCUCGAGCUUCAAUCCUGCCUUUGUGCGAGCCUUCUACUCCAAUCUCCGCCGGGACGGGGACACCAUUCGCAGUAGCAUCAAUCUCUACGACAUAGAGAUUGAUCUGGCUACCUUCGCUCGGGUCGCAGGGCUGCCCACCCGCGGUGACGACAUAACAACAUAUGGCGGCGAUGAUUGGAUCCUCAACAACGAGGCGGUGGUCAUCCGAGAGCUUGGGAUCACCAACCUCAUCCGUCUUGGCGAUUACUUCGGGAACGACAUAUGCCUCAGCUUAAGGCUCGACCGGAUUGGGUUAUGUUCCAUGAGUACCCCAACAAGAAGGGAAUGUUGAUUGUGGUUAUUAUACAAUGCGAUAUUGUUGGCUCAUCGUCAAUAUCUGUGCGAAAUGUUCAGUACCAUUAUUCGAGGUAUUUCAGUCUACUUUGCCUUAUACUAGAGCCGAGUUAGAGGAAAUUAGA